CUGAACUUUUCUUCCUCCCCUGUGACACAGAGUCCCCACCCUCUCCCUCUGUGUCUGUCUGUGUGCGUGUGUGUGCUCCUGUGGGAUCUUCCUGUGCAGAUGUACAGCGGGCUGGAGCUGGAGCAGGAGCAGGAGCUGGAGCUGGAGCUGAAGGCGGCCGGCGCCAAGCUGGAGGCGGACAAGGUGAAGAGGCCGAUGAACGCCUUCAUGGUGUGGUCCCGGGGCCAGAGGAGGAAGAUGGCACAGGAUCAUCCCAAGAUGCACAACUCGGAGAUCAGCAAGAGGCUGGGGGCCGAGUGGAAGCUGCUCAGCGACGCCGACAAGCGCCCGUUCAUCGACGAGGCCAAGAGGCUGCGCGCCGUCCACAUGAAGGACUACCCGGACUACAAGUACCGCCCGCGGAGGAAGAGCAAGGCGCCGCCCAGGAACGACGGCAAGUUCUCGCUGGUGGCGGCGGCGGCGGCCGGCGGGGGCGCCGCGCUCCUGGCGCCAGGACCCAGCGGAAGCCCGUACCCCUGGGGGGCGGGGCCAGGGGCGUUCCUGACCCCUGACCCGCUGCCGCCCGCAUGCGCGGCAGGCGGGGGCUACCCGGCGGCCGACGCGGCGCUGGCGCAGGCGCAGAGCUGCCCCCAGGCGGCGGCCGCCGCCUCCUCCUCCCCCUCCCCCCAGGCCCCGUACCCGCCGCUGCAGCCGCGCUACGAACUGCCGUACGCCGCCGCCGCCGCCUCGUCGUCAUCGUCAUCUUCAUCAUCGUCGUCGUCGUCCCCGCCCUCCCAGGCUUACCUGAACGGCUCGACGUCGGUCUACAGCCUCGCCCCGCCGCCUUCCGCCUACGGCCGCCAUCUUCACCAGCCGCCGCCGUCCGCCAUGUCCAAGCCGGCCGCCGGCACUGGCGGUGCGCAGGCGCGGGGGGCCCUGCCAGGGGAACUUCGAGACAUGCUCAGUCUGUACAUCCCCAGCGACGGCAGCCAGGAGGCGCUGCUGGGUCACAGGAGCUAUCACCCCAUCCCUCAACACUACCAGAACAUGCCAUUGAAUGGCACGGUGCCCCUCACUCACAUCUAAACACUGGGGACUAGGGGGAAACACACCCACCCACACAUCUACCACCCCAACUCACUUGGAAGGAACUUUUUUAAAACAAAAAGAAUAAAUGUAUAUAUUUUUUAGCUGAAGAAUGUUGUUCCAUUCUGAAUAAUUAUGUAUAUUUUUGGUAAAUGUUUCCCCCUUUUUGAAUAGAUCCUGUAUACAGACUUUCAUUAGAUUUUUAAAACAUAAUUCCACCCGGAGUAGAUGUGUAUAUUUUUCAUGAAUGUUCUCUUUUUGAAUAGAUCCUGUGUAUAUAUAAUUUUUUUUAGCUGAAAAUGUUAUUCCACCCGGAAUAGAUGUGUAUUUUUGAUAAUUGUUCCCUCUUUUUGAAUAGAUCCUGUGUGUAUAUAUCACUUUGUUUUUAGCUGAAAAUGUUGUUCCACCUGGAAUAGAUGUGUAUAUUUUUUGAUGAAUGUUCCGUUUUUGAAUAGCUCCUGUGUGUGUAUAUAUAACUUUUUAUUAAGCUGAAAAUGUUGUUCCUCCCAGAAUAGAUGUGUGUAUUUUUGAUAAUUGUUCCCUCUUUUUGAAUAAAUGCUGCUGUGUAUGUGUACAUGACAUUUUUUAAAGAUGAAAAUGUUUCUCCACCUUCAAAUUUUGAUGAAAAUGUUUCCCUUUUGUUUUGGAAUAGAUGGUUUGUUUCUUUUUAGGUUUAACGUGAAAAUGCUCCUCCAUCCGAAUUGAUGCUGUGUAUAUAUAAUAUUUUAGGGGGAAGAGGGUGAAAUUGUUUCCUCUCCUCUUGAAUAGAUUAUGUUUUUUUUUGGUGUCUUUCCCCCGUUGACAAUAGAUGUAUAUACCUGUUGAAGACGUUCUCCAAUUGAUGAUGUAUGGAGAUGUGGUGAAAAUUUUUUUGGGGGGAAAAAACGAUGGCAUUAUUGACUUUUUAAAGAGUUUAUCUCUUUGAUUCCUCCCCCGAGUAUUAUCUUUGAUUUUACUGGGAUUGAAAUAUCGGAAUAGGUUUUGGAGGGUCUUUUUUUCUUUGGUUUUAAGUGUAGGGCUAUGUUUUAUCCAGUGUAGAGUUUCUUGUUUAAUACUCACUCACUCGCUGAGCAUUGGCUUUGCCACAGUGUUCUUCCUUUUUUUGGAGUUUCAACCUGUCUACCAGGUUGGGCAUUUCCUUCAGCCUGGUAACGUAGCUUGGGAAAUCUUGCAAAGGGUUCUGUUGGGUUUGCCUGUGUGAACAGACCCAGUCAGUCUCAUUACAUUCUACCCCCAACUACCAAACCAGCAAGCUGCGUUUCAGGAGCUAAGAUUUUUAAUGGAAUUAAUACGAAGCCUCAAUUUGUUGCCAUUAUAUCCUGUUCUUAAAUACUGAUAUCACUAGGGUUUUAAAA